AAUGAGGAAGGAAGGAGGGGGAGUGGGAUCAUCCACAUAAUCGCGCUCCUCCACACUUUGCAUCCUCGGUGAUGCUUGCGAGAUGAAUGCACACAGAUUGGGCGCAUUUACAGUCCUGUAAGGAGGUAGACCACCAUGAAAUCCAGGAGUCAGGACCGCAGCUUGUCCGAGUCCACUGAACUGGACCGAUCUUACGACCCCCUCACAGGUAACCCACCAUCUAAAGCCACAAAAAGGACCAUCAAGCAGCGCUUCCUCAAAUUGCUGCCCUGCUACCAUUCCGGCACCAGCCCAUCCAUCAAUCAAAGCAAGUGUCCCCACGUGUCCUGUUAGUCAAUUUUCUGUGUCAACUACACUGUAGCGGCGUGUUGUAUGUGUCUCCCUGCUUGUACAGAUAGCGUGAGUGAUGAUGCCGAGUUGUUGGCGGUGAGAUACCGACCCGAAGGCCUGGAACGUCUCGUGGGGCGUACCAGCUUCAGUAAGAAAGAACUACAGAUUCUCUACAGGGGAUUUAAAAAUGAGUGUCCCAGUGGUGCUGUGAACGAAGAGACGUUUAAAAACAUCUAUUCUCAGUUCUUCCCUCAGGGAGAUACAAGUAUGUAUGCACAUUUCCUGUUUGAGGCUUUUGACACUCACAACAGCGGCUCUGUUAGCUUUGAGGUAACACACACUUCAAAGGACUUUGUUCUAAGUCUUUCCAUUAUCCUGAGAGGCUCCAUCACAGAAAAACUCAACUGGGCCUUCAACCUGUAUGACCUCAACAAAGAUGGCUGCAUCACUCGAGAGGAGAUGACAGACAUCAUGCACUCCAUUUACGACAUGAUGGGCAAGUACACGUACCCCUGCAUGAGGGAUAGUGCUCCCAAGGAUCACGUGGAAAUCUUCUUCCAGAAAAUGGACAAGAACAACGAUGGCGUCGUCACCAUUGAGGAGUUCUUGGAGACGUGUCAAAAGGUGUCAAUUUUACAAAACAUUCUUUCCAACACCAAGUUAAGACUUGUGCCUUUCUUCUAGGAUGAGAACAUCAUGCGGUCCAUGCACAUGUUUGAUGACGUCAUCUGAAGGUGGACUCCAACUGUUCUUUUUCAGUUUUGAUUACAAAUGUAUUGUGUAUGCAUGACGUGUGUGCGCUCACAUACGCAAUGUGUUGAAAUAUUUUAUAUAGCAAUGUGAUGAUGGAAGACAAUAAAACCUCACAGAUAUAAUGUAUUGAUAGCUCUCCUGCUUUUCAGUUUUAACUUUAUUACGGAGGACUUUGUGUUUGAACCAUGGUUGUCUUGUGUGGAACAAAUUAUUGUAAUUGACACCAUAUUUGUCCCAAGACACAAUUAUGCAAAAAUCCAUUUCAGAUAAUAGGCUUCCAUAGACUUGACCAUCAGUUGACAAGACAGCUCCCACAGACAUUGCCCCACGCCUUCCCGUAGGGGGCCAACCCAGGCAGAACGUUGCGUAAUAAACUCAAAUACAUGUUGUGUUCUAAUGCCGGAUUUAGGUGGAAGUAGGACGAAUUUUUUACUGCAUACAAGCAGGCUGGAGUGUCCCAAGAGUGAUAUGGUCAAGGAUUCAAGGUAAUUAUUAUGUUAAAUAGCACCAUGCAUGCACUUUGAAACAUUGUGAAAAAAAUCAAUGUCAAAAAUUUGUGUAACUUUGGCUUGAAAUAUUUACGUAAAAUGAACGAUAACUGCCCGUUUUUUUCUUUCAACCAAGAAUCGUGACUGUUUUACGUUCAUAUCUAUAGAAAUUCCGCAAUUUAAGCAUUUAUUUACAAGAAUUUUCAACUUAAAAAGCUCUGUUUCAUGACAGCCACCAUGUUGAUUUACACAAUACCGUAAUGUUUGCUUGAAAUAUUUAUGUAAAAUGAACAAUAACUGGCCGUUUUUUGGUUUGUUUUUUUCAACCAAGAAUCUAGACUGUUUUAUGUUCAUAUCCAUAGCAAUUCUGCGAUUUAAACAUUUAUUUACAAGAAUUUUCAUUUUAAAAAGCGCUUCGUUUUAUCACGGCUGCCAUGUUGGAUUUUGUAUCUCUACAGAGUUGAAAUCAACCUAAAUAAGUCGUGAUUGUAUAUAGAAAAAUUCAAAUUUUGCUUUUGUUGAAUAAAAUUAUGAUUCUGCAUGCUUUCCUCAAGUAUUAAGUUUUUGACGUGAAAAUUGAGUGAUUUAUUAGCUGUUGAAAACUUGCACUAAAAAAAAAAAAAUUUAGUUACUAUUUUGGGCAAAAUCAUAUAUGAUAUGUUAAAUAUUGAUUCUGAAAAUAUCGGUGCUUAUCUCUGCAUUUGGGGACUUUUGUGCAUCUAGCGUCAAGUUUGAGAAUUUUAAAGCCAUUUAAUUUUUGUAUACUUGUAUGAAAAAAAUAAUCGGGAUUUUACUGGGGAACGACUUUGAAUUUUUUUAUGUCGCUGCUCAUGGAGACUCAUAUAUGACUCAGGGAGGUGCCUGUUUUGGAUUUAAGUCACUAGCGGCUUUGGUUUUGAAAAUAUUUGAAUUUUAAGUUUUUGAAAAUACCGUAGCCCCCCUACAGAUCGGCCCCGAGCCCCGUCAAGUGAUAGUGAGGUCUAUGAGGCUUCAUUAUGGGACAGCCUACUUAAAAGUUUAACUUGGAAAAGCAUUCAUGUACACCGUUUUUCCCCCCGAUAUGUUAUCAAAUUCCUGCAUUGUUAAAAGUGAACUGGACGUUUUCAAAGACCACAAAAGGAAGUGUUUUUGUUGUUAUUACCUAAAAUGAAUCUUUUAUAAGGAGUGUGACUAUUUUUGGUAAUCAAGCCUUUCAGGGAUACUACAGAGCAAGGGGUUGUGAUAGUUAGUAAAAGAAGGGAAGAUGACGGCCAAUCCAUUUCAACUGGAAGCGCUUCCGGCCCCUCCCACACUGCAAAUUUAUAAUUUAAUCAGAUUAUUUACCCUAAAUCUAGUAGAAUAAUUUUCUCUAUUUUGUUUUGAGUGUUAAAGACUAGAAGACCAGUUAACAGAUUAAUCCGUCAGAUUAGAAAUAAAUAUUACUAUUUGUUCUUAUUAAGCCCAUAAUCUAAAAAUUGCUAAUUUUUCACCUAUAUCAACAACAAAUUGCUUUAAAAUAAUGUUUUGAACAAUAUCCAUUCAUAAAUUAAGAACAAUUCUGACAAACAAGCUUUUUUUCCGGACUAAAUAUACAGUACUAAUUUAUUGCUUAAAAUAAAUCGGUUAAAGCAACACUAGAUAAAUUUUCAACCUUUAAAAAAUAUUUUCAUAACAUUUGUGAUAUGUCGACUGACAACUAGUUAAAUGGUAAAUGGUGUUACACUUAUAUAGCGCUUUUCCACCUUUCUAGGCUCAAACCGCUUUACACUAUCUCACCAUCCACCUACUGGUGACGCAGCACCAGGAGCAAUGUUGGGUUCAGUGUCUUGCUCAAGGACACUUAGACGUGUUCAUCAGGGCGGAGAAUCGAACCCACAACCUCUGGGUUGGGGGACAAUUACUCUACCACUGAGCCACGCCACAUGACACCUUUCAACCUUCUAUCUUGAACUUUGAGGAGGGUGGCAGGAAGCUUGCCAUACAAAAAAACUACCCUAAUUUUUCCACUAUAAGGAGCACCUGACUAUAAGCCGCAGCCCACCAAAUUUGGCACAAAAAUGGCAUUUGUUUAUAGAUAAGCUGCAUUGGACUAUAAGCCGCAGCUGUCCUCACUGUAUCAUGGGAUAUUUAUUUACAUCAAAAGAUAUUAACCGGUACAACCUUAUUUGACAGCGGCAUCAUCACCGACUGUCAUAAGACCAAAUGAACCAUCAUCAAACUUUGAACCAGUUACUGCAAAGCUUUAUUGCUUCAAGAAGCUUCAUUUGGCCAUCACUGCUCCCUUGGGGGAGACAGUGAACCUCUGCUGCCACCUGCUAUUGACUGUUGUCAUCCAACAUGCCUCAUUGCAGUGCUACAGAUGUAAAUAACAAUCAAAAAUCAUGUUCUGUGCUAAAUAUUUCUUCAGUUACUGUUCUAAUUGUUUCAUCAAUUGCUAGUUAUGGUAUUUACUGACACUUUAUUUGACAGUGGUGCCAUAAGACUGUCAUUACACAAUCAUAAUUAUGACAUGUGUCUGUCCUGAGCAUUCAUGAAUGCUUAUAAUAGAUGUCAUUAAGUGUUAUCCGGCAAAGGAUCUCACUUUUGAAUGGAUGCAAAAGAUCCAAGAUGGACAAAAAUUGAGUUAAUGACAUAAUUUGCCAAAUGACACUUAAUGACAUAAGCAUUCAGUAAUGUCCAUGAUAGUGUCAUUUCAUAAUUUGGAUGAUUUUAUGACAGUCUUAUGACACCGCUGUCAAAUAAAGUGUUACCUAAAAAAAAAAAUCAACAAAUAAGCCGCACUGGACUAUAAGCCACAGGUAUCAAAAUGAAAGAAAAAAGUAGCGGCUUAUAGUCCGAAAAUUACGGUACAAAUGUGCCGACUGCUUUACGGCAUAUGUCACUUUCCCCUUUCCCUUUUCGUAAUAAAGACAUGUCGAUGCGAACGCUUUCGCGCAAUUUCUGCAAAGAUGGCAGAGCAACAAAAGAGAAAAAGUUUUGUCCGAGGAAACAAAAAAAGGGAGGCUACCAGGAUAAAAGGACACUCAAGAAUAAACAUUGGCCUGGCUUUCACUUGCUUGCGUAUCCACGCCUUCCCCACCGAACUGGUCGGUAGGCCGGAUGAGGGAAUACGGUAAAAAAUCAAACAUUUUCCUUUUAUCAGCAUCUUCAUAUGCUAUUGUUUAGCCACAACUGGAUUAAUUACCUCAUUACUAUUCAUUCUUCUCACAGCCGCUGGAAACAGAAAUGUCGUUAAUCCAUCUGCAGGCGACCGGGAGAUAACGGUUUUAUGUCACUGUGCGCGAGAGGAGUCUGGCUGCAGCCCGCCUCUCUCAGUACCCUGCGCCGCUCUUCUCAGUACCCAUCCCGCAGACAGGAAAUGACGCAAUACCGCAGCUCUCAAUCCCCUCAGACCGGAAAUGUCGUCAACCCUUGCGACGAAAACAAGUUACGUUAUUUCACCUCUCGCGAAGAAAACACGUUUGAAUGUUGUCACAUGAUCCAAAUAGGACAAGCUCCUUGAUCACCACCCCAUUGGGAAGAAACUAAAUCACGACCCCCAAAUGGUAGUCUUCCCAUGCAGAUACAGGGAUGUCACAGAGAUCCAAAUGGAAACAGGACCAAUGGUGACAAUAUAAGACCAUGCCGAGCUUCGUGGACGGUUCAAACUCAUCCUGCCCAGGAACGGCUGGUAUGUUUUUAUGUCUGAGACAAAUGUUGUGCUCAGUGGAAAUCUGGAUAGGCUUAUUAUUCCUUAUAUUAGUUAACAAUUGGACAUAAUUGAUUAUUUACUCUUUGUUUAUUUAACCAAUCAACAUUCUCAUUAGCUUAUGCAAAUCUUGAAUAUAAAGAGGCCAGAAAUGGUGUUGAUUGUCUAAAAAAAGAAAGUUUGAUUGACACGUGCUGACUUUUGGAACGUUGGCCUGAACAAUGAAAUGGAAUCAACUGUGAAUUUUGAGGAUUUAGUUUCUCUAAAGAACAUAAUGUCACUUGUACAAUUAAGUAAAAUGUAACUUUUUGUGUUUGUUUUUUGCAGAUAUGAAAUGCAUAUUUAUAACUUGUCUAACAAGUAGCUCAUUCAAAGGUAUAAAAAAGUAUUUUUUGGCGUGUGUAGGGUAUUUUAACUAUGUAGCCUACAGAAUGCUUGUAUGGGCUCAUGUAGGUGUCUGCGUACGUUUGUAUUUAUAUAACAUAUGUCCGUGUGUAUAGAUUAUGUAUUUUUCAGGGAAGGACCAUAUUUGUGGCUGACCCCUAUGUUGUUGCAACAUGGUGAAAGCCUACAGGAUGUGACCCACACAUGCAUUUGCCUGUAAGGCUGAUUAGUAACAACUACAACUUGGAGCAUUGGUUCAUUUUCAAAGAACAGUCAAAUCAUAACAAAUUAAAUGAUCCAAAUUCCAAUUAUUUGUGGGAAGAAAAACAGAUCCAAUCAUGAGAUCAGGGAACUAUUUUUAUCUCUAAUGAAAUUCAGUAUCCAUUCAUAUUGGCAUGGCGUUUCCAUGAUGAUCCAGAAUAGCCUUGUUUGGUUUUGAAGGUAUGUUCCAGUCGAUCCUUUUAUGUUGCCCCUUCAAUUAAAGCAGAAUUGCACUCCAGAUGAUUCAUCCAAUCAUUUGAAGCAAAUUUCUAAAAUGCCACUCUAAAAUUGCGAAUGUUUUGUUUCAAGGGCGUUGGCCCGGUCUCAACAUUGGUAGGGACGAAUAUAAUGCAAGUAAGGUUGCUCAAAAGUUGGUGGGGACAGCUUUAGCAUCCUGAAAAGUUGGUCGUGUUAUGUCCCUACCGUCCCUAUGCAAACCUAACGCCCUUGUUUUGUUUGCAUGAAUCAUUUAAACCUGACUGGUUGGUGUUCUUAUGCAUGGAAACACGUUUGUAAUUGUUUAACUACUG